AUGGGUUACCAGAGUCCGUUAUCACUGAUAGAGAUAGGGUCUUCACUAGUGGAUUCUAGAGGGAACUCUUCAAGGGAAAACUUAGUUAAGGCUCAACAGAGAAUGAAGUACUAUGCUAAUCAGCAUAGGACUGAAAAGGAGUUCUCUGUAGGUGAUUGGUGCUGUGCUGUGCAAAUACUUGUUCAAUUGUGUGAGCUCGAUAAUCAUGAAGUGCGGGUGAACGUGGUUAAGCUAUUAUGUUGCCUGAUCGAAAAAUGUAAUGAAGCUACAAUUACUGAGCACGUGGGGCAGAAGACAGUUCAAACCUUGCUUAGAAUCAUUGAGGAUUCUGAGAAUGAAGAAGAAGUUGCUUCUGCAUUGGGUAUUAUAGCUAACCUUCCCAUGUCUACCCUGGUGUCUGAUUGGCUGUUGGAGGGAGAUGGUCUUCGUAUAAUGUUAAGAUUCCUUCGUAGCAAAAAGCCAAAUGGUCCCUGCAAGGAUCAAUUAAUAGAGAAUGCUGUGGGAGCCUUGUGUCAUUUCACUGUUCCAGCAAAUAGGAUGUCACAGCAGAAAGCAGCUGAAGCUGAUGUCAUUCCGCUGUUGGUACAGUUGCUGGAGUCAGGAACCAGCUUGACAAAAAGACGAGCUGCCAUUUCUCUUUCACAACUUUCUGAGAGCUCUAGUGAUCUAUGUCGGCCAAUCCCAAAGCAUCGCAUGUUCUGGUGCUUCUCAGCUUUGCCAGAGGCAGGCUGCCCUGUUCAUCGGGGAAUAUGUGCUGUAAGAACCUCAUUUUGCCUUUUGGAGGCUGGUGCGGUGGGCCAUUUGGUGAAGGUUCUUGGGGAGCCAGAUCCUGGAGCAUGUGAAGCUUCCUUGGAUGCUCUACUUACUUUGGUUGAAGGUGAUAGGCUACAAGGUGGUAGUAAGGUGCUGGAUGAAGAGAGAGCCAUACCCUCUAUGAUAAAAUUACUGGGGAGUUCUUCUCCCAGAUUGCAAGAAAAAAUUCUCACUUCUUUGGAAAAGAUUUUUCAAGUACUGGAGAUCAAACAGAAGUAUGGGCCCUCAGUUCAGAUGUCUUUAGUUGAUUUGACACAAAGGGGGAGUACCCAAAUAAGGCCUUUGGCAGCCAGGAUACUAGCUCAACUGAAUGUGCUACACGAACUGCCCUCUUAUUUCUAG